CUGAACACAAAAGUUUCGUUUAAGCGGAAAGAUUAAAAAUGAUCCUACCAGUAAUCUUCGUUUCGGCAGUUUAUUUUUUUUCUACCUCUCUAGGAUAUGAACAGGAGUCCUGCUAUUUAUCGGAUGAAAUGGAAGAAGAGUGUGCCGCGGUUUGCUAUCCCAUUGUUAAGCCCCUACUGCGGUAUUUUGAAAAGUGUCAGGACAAAGAUGCAAAGUACUUUCAGUUGCAGGAUAAAUAUACUCAAGUUCUGGAAAAAAACUCAAAUUUGCUGCUUCAACUUUAGGAAGUAAAUCGUCAAUAUGAGGAAUCGCAAUUAAAUAGCCAAAAAAAGGAUCUGGAAAUUUUAGAAUUAAAAAAAAAAUGUGAGCUCGGGACAUUAAAAAAUCAAUUUGGAGAUGAAAUAAAUGAAGAAAUGUCAAAAACAAAGACAGAGGCACAAACCGAAGCUCUUACAGAUCGGUGUCGACCAACCUCAAAUGGCGCUUUUGAAGUCCAAGAUAUUCAAAUCCCAAACACAGAGUCUUUCAAAGUGGUCUGUCGCUCAUCUAAGAUUUUGGCAUCCGAUUUGAUGAUGGUUUACCGUAAACCCUUUAAUUCAAAGGAAUUUAAUCGUACGUUAGAGCAAUAUACAAGUGGAUUUGGAAAUGUCAGUACAAUACAAACCAGGGGCUUCUUCAUCGGAUUGGAACGACUCCACCUUCUGACCAAUAAAAAUCCCCAUGAGUUGAUUAUUUUCGUGUAUCCAUCGGGAAAACUUAAAGAAAUAAGGUGCGACAACUUUGUCUUGGGUAGUAAAAGUGAAGGUUAUAUUGUGAAAACACUUAGCGAGUGUUCUGCGGACUCAAGCAUCUUAAGUCAGGGUUUAAAAUUUGCCACAUUCGAUCUCAAUGAUGAAAAUUCUCACCGUAAUAAGGCACAUAAAUGGGGCUUUGGCUGGUGGAUCGAUUCUGGGUGCGUACUCUAAUUUAUUUUUACCUUUUCCAUAUCUCCAAAAGGAAAAUUAAAAAAAAAAACUCCCACGAAAUAAUUAUUUAUAUAUUUGAUUUUAAUUUUACAGAACUAAAAGAAGUACUUUAAAUGAUAGUAUAGUCAUGACUAUACGAAGAAAAAAUUAACAUAAAAAUAAAACUAACAGCCUUUCAAACAAGAAUGGACUUUGGAUAAUACAAAAUGAUAAGAAAAUAUAUAGAAUUUAAAAAAAAAUUGUAUUACUUAAUUAUAUAGAUAAGAGCUAUUAUUCUA